AUGACAGAAUCCAAUCUCAAAUCCAGGAGACGAUCAGACUAUGCCUUUUUUCUAUCGUACCGUACAAGAUGGAGUGAUAACGACCAAUACUCACAUAUUAACAACUCGGUUUACUAUCAUCUCUUUGACUCCAUAGUCAACACGUAUCUCAUUGAGAAGUGUGGCCUGAAUCCAACAGCCUCUCCUCUGAUCGGGCUCGUCAUUUCUUCAUACUGCAACUUCUUCUCCCCACUGUCGUUCCCCCAGGUCCUUGAUCUCGGGUUACGCGUUAACAAGUUGGGCAACAGCUCAGUGUCCUACGAAGUUGGAGUAUUUGAAGAAGGAAAGGAUGCACCGGCAGCUGUUGGAGGAUACACCCAUGUAUUUGUCGGAAGUGUUUCUCGAAAGAGCUCGCCAAUGGCCGAGGAAACGAAGGAUGGUCUGGCAAAGUUAUUGAACCACCGAACCGAUUUGGCGUGCGUCCGUCGUCGUGAAGCGCGAUCCUCAAGAAUCUCCCUCAAAAUGUCGUCCGACCUCCAGUGGCUCCUUCUCCGCAAAAACAGCUCCUUCAUCGUGAAGCGAGUUCCUGAGGGACCAGUCUUCUCCAAGGAGCCCGGAAACCUCCGCAACUUGAACUCCUUCAAGUACUCCGGUCUUGCCAACUCCAAGACCAUUGACGUCAAGGAGCAGGCCGGCAGCAUCAAGAUUGUUACUCGCAAGGUCAAAGCCUCCCCUCACGCUGUUGGAAAGGCCUACGCCACCACUUCCAUUCGCCCCCGAUCAGGAGGACGCCGCGCUCUUGGUGUUGCUUCUGGUAUCGCUAAGCGCGGAUACCGCCCUGACCUCCGCACUGCUGCCCUCGCUCGCGUCUCUGCUCUCAUUGCUGCUCAGCGGGAACCCAAGCCUUCACCGGCGAAGAAGGUCAGGGGAAAGAAGGCUGCUACUUUCCUCGGAUGA